CCCUGUAAACAUCCCCGGCCCCGGUUAUUUUAUUGAUUUGCUCGUCCCAGGGUCGAAAGAUGGCGGACCUCGAAGCAGUGCUCGCCGAUGUCAGUUAUUUGAUGGCGAUGGAGAAGAGCAAAUCCACUCCAGCGGCCCGGGCGAGCAAGAAAAUCAUCCUGCCCGAGCCCAGGUGUCUCGGGUUCAUUACAGGUUUCCUGCUGUUCAAGGACUUCUGUAUGAAUGAGAUUGACGAGGCCGUACCUCAGCUCAAGUUCUACGAAGAAAUUAAGGACUACGAGAAGCUGGACUCCGAGGAGGAGAGGCUGAGCCGCAGCCGGCAGAUUUACGACGGCUACAUCAUGAAGGAGCUCCUGUCCUGCUCACAUCGGCAGUGGGGGGCGGAGGUGAGCAGCUCUUCCUGUCCCAUCACUCCGACAUAUUUCAGACUGAGGACAGCUUCCCGAAACAUCUGGAUCACCUCUGGUGGCUGGCUCUUCAGGAAGCGCUCGAUUAGAUACGCAGAGUUUUCUAUGAGCCGAGCGCACAGUUUAAAGGCCGAUAUUAUAGACGAUCACGUUCAUUUAAGACGUUACAUUCAGCUGGAGCUCACCCGUCAAAACGCACAGACACGAACGCUGAGCAAAUUAACAGCAGACAGAAGGAAGGCGGCAGACGCAGGAGUCCAGCUGAGCGAUCAGAACGAUGCACACAGCGUAUAUUCACAUACAUUCGCAAAGAAUUUUUAUCACAUAGUUACUGAGAGAAACCUGGCCUGAACUGCUGUUUAUGUGUCUGCCCCCCCCCUCCUGCAGCCAUACAUAGUGGAGAUCUGUGACAGCUUGAGAGGGAAGAUCUUCCAGAAGUUCAUUGAGAGUGACAAAUUUACUCGUUUUUGCCAGUGGAAGAAUGUGGAGCUCAACAUCCACGUGAGUACAAGCUUUAUUUUGAAUAUGAGACUUCACAAAUGUUACACCAUCAGUCAGCUGCACUGGUUCCCGACCUUUUUCCUUAAGACACCUCUUUUCUAUCACUAUAUUUUAUGCAUAUUCUAUAUUAUAUUCAAUAAUAUCAAUAACAGGAGAGAACAGAUGAUGAAAUGUACAAUGAACCCAAACAGUGAACACAACAACUGCAGGAAGUUUGUGUACGGCUGCAGGAAGGCCGACACGGGGAAAAUGUACGCCAUGAAGUGUUUGGACAAGAAGAGGAUCAAGAUGAAGCAGGGGGAGACUCUAGCGCUCAACGAGAGAAUCAUGCUGUCAUUAGUCAGCACAGGGGACUGCCCGUUCAUCGUGUGUAUGACGUACGCCUUCCACACCCCCGACAAGCUCUGCUUCAUCCUGGACCUCAUGAACGGGGGCGACCUGCACUACCACCUGUCUCAGCACGGCGUGUUUAGCGAGAAAGAAAUGCGUUUCUAUGCGGCUGAGAUCAUCCUGGGUCUGGAGCACAUGCACAACCGCUUCGUCGUCUACAGAGACCUCAAGCCAGCUAAUAUCCUGCUGGAUGAGCACGGUCAUGUUCGUAUCUCCGACCUCGGCUUGGCCUGCGACUUCUCCAAGAAGAAACCCCACGCCAGCGUGGGUACUCAUGGCUACAUGGCCCCGGAGGUCCUUCAGAAGGGGACGGCGUACGACAGCAGCGCCGACUGGUUCUCCUUAGGCUGCAUGCUCUUCAAACUCCUCCGAGGGCACAGUCCCUUCAGACAGCACAAGACCAAAGACAAACAUGAGAUCGACCGCAUGACGCUCACCAUGAAUGUGGAGCUGCCAGACUCGUUCACCGCAGAGCUCAAAGACCUGCUGGAGGGGCUGCUGCAGAGAGACGUAUCCAAGAGGCUCGGCUGUCAGGGCCGAGGGUACGACACACACACACACACACACACACACACGCCCCAAAAGGCCUCUAGGUGGCGUUGUGUCAAACAAGUUCCUUUACAGUUUUUUAUAGUUCUGUUAAUAGCACGUUUAUCUUUUAGCAGCUUGGUGAAGAUUUCCCACUUUCCCCCCAAUAUUUAAUGUGUGUGACGUAUACAGAGACGCUGUUCAUGGAUGAGGUGAUUUAUUUAAGUUAACUUUAGUCACUUUGACGUUUCUGCUGGAAGUUAAAGCAACUGAAGGUGAAUAGAAAACGUUACCUGAAUAAAAUCACAGAUUUCUCACAUUGUUGGAAACAUUUGGAAUAAUGGAAGACAACAACUCAACUACAUAUAGAACACAGAGCCAGAGUUUAUACACUGUUGACUAGUUAAUGACUAUAGAUUAUUGAUUUAAUCAACCACAUAUAGAACAUUGAGCCAGAGUUUACAGUCAUUUUAAAGAGGAAAUGUUACAGGUUAUAGCUUUUAAGAGUUUAUUUAAAAAAAAAAAAAAAUGGAAUCAGUCAAUUGGUAGACGGCAAACCGGAUGUCAUGUUAGUGGAUGAGAGGACAGUAAAACUUAGAUGAAACCGGCAGAGAAUACCGCCAAAGGUAGACGCCACUGCCGACCAUAAAAUAGUAAAAUAUUUAAACUUUUUACCGUUGCGACGGUAUUUAAUAUCAGAUGUUACGUAGUGCUCUCACUCAAAGAGAAAACAUGGACAAUCUGGAUAACGAGACGCUAAUAAUUUAUAAAUUACAUAAAAUAAUAUUCACAAUAUAAUUUUGGUCAAUAUAUUUUAUUCCAUUUGUUGUAAACAAUACCACAUCACCGCUGUCUCAUCAGACAUCUCAGAGGAGUGGGCUCAGCGCUGGACCGGAGACUUCAAACUCAACCCCGAACUCCACCUUCCUGCUGAGAACAAGUUCAUCGCGACGGAUUUCACCCUGAAAACAGCCGACUGUCCGGACUCAGAGUUUCCCGUCAGGGUCAUCAACACGGACCGAGGCUGUCUGUGGUACAAGAAGGACAACAAGUUCAAGAUCCCCAAAG